AUGCUUCCUGAAAGCACUACUACUAACACAAGAAGGGAAAUUUCUUCCAAUGAAUCUAGUCACCUACAGUCUUUCGAGCCAGUACUGUGGAAUCAAUACUUCAACAUCAAGGAUGAUAUUGAGCUGGAAGUUGGGACGUUUCGCAUCUAUCGGCGUGGAGUGGAAGGACCGCUCCUUUUCUUCAUUCACGGAGGCGGGUUCUCUGCGCUGACUUGGGCGGUGCUAAGUGCCACGAUCACUGAGCAGGUGAAGUGUCAGUGUUUGGCAGUAGAUAUGCGCGGACAUGGUGAUACGAAUUGCCUCAACGAUGACGAUUUAUCCUUGGAUACUUUGGCUAAAGAUGUCAUCAAAAUAAUCUUUGCAAUGUAUCCGACUGAGGCUCCUCCAAUCAUUCUAGUUGGUCACAGUAUGGGCGGAGCCGUUGCCGUGCAUGUGGCACACAAAAGGACUAUCCCAUCUAUGGCUGGACUUGUGGUCAUCGACGUUGUCGAAGGCUCCGCGUUGAACUCGUUACAGGGAAUGACUGCGUUUCUCUCUGGCCGUCCACAGGUUUUCUCAUCGUUGUCUCACGCCAUCGAAUGGAGCGUCCGCAGUUCUCAGCUGCGUAACAUCGAAUCCGCGCGAGUCUCUUUUCCUGGCCAGUUGAAACGCAUCGCGACUGGUCAUACUGCAACAGCCGAGUUGGAAGACGGCACCGCGAUCAUUUUUCCCUGUCCUUAUCUGCAGUCCGCCAGCUCUGCAACUCGAAAUAUGCAGCCCUCUAACGGGAAUUCGAUGCAUCAGAUUUCUACCCACUUGUCUCGAGUUGUUGAGGAUGAUACCGAAGACAGUGAACAUCCCCCAUCCACUGUUGACUUACCCGAACCGCCAUAUGAAAAUAGCCAGCGGGCACCAACUACGACCGCCGCUGAAGAAAACGUUUUGGACUCGUUCACACCUCUCGACUCCAUAGUUAGCAAUAUUCGACCCCAUGACAGCUUGAGUCAUUCGUGCCUUCCUAAGAACCCUGUAAGUCAGCAACUUCCGGCUCACACGGUUAACUCACAAUCGGAAUACACUUGGCGCGUUGAUCUUAUGAAGACGCAACCUUUUUGGCACGAAUGGUUUUUCGGCCUAUCCCAGCGAUUCCUCUCCAUUCCGGAACCGAAGUUACUACUAUUAGCCGGUGUUGAUCGCCUGGACAAAACACUGACUAUUGGACAGAUGCAAGCGCUUCUUUUCGAUGCUCUUCAGUUCCUUGUUGCAACUGAAUAUGAUGCAGCCCUUGAGGUUACCUUGUCUUCAUACAUAGUUUUCGUCACUCCAUUCUUAGCUAUCUUGUUCACACUUUCCAUCUUUUUGGCUCCUCUGUGUGGCGUUUGCUCUACCGCCAUUGUUUACAACCGUUGUGAACAAAUGUAA